UCUAUUGUUUUUCGCAGUGGGAAUCCACACACGUCACCAGUACAGCACAACCCCCAGGGCGUCCUUCCUCUUGUUAGCCAUCCACUUUACUUGCACUUCUCGCUAUUACUCAUAAUGGACCCGCUCAACUCGACCCUGUCGCCUGCAUGCACCAAGCUGCUGCACGAGAAAACGCGGCGGCGGCUGACGUUCUCGGAGAUCUCCAGGCACCUGGGCCACGACGAGGUGUGGACGGCAGCGCUGUUUUACGGGCGCGCAACGCCGACGCUCAAGGACAUCCACUUGCUGGCGGACCUUCUGAAUCUGUCGCCAGAGACACUCGAGGAGGACUUCAAGACGGCCGGGCCGCCGCAGCGCGAGGUUGCGGUAGCAGCAGGCACGACAACCGACCCGGUGCUGUAUCCGUUCCAGGAGGCAAUCUCGCUGUACGGCCCGGCGGUGCGAUCGGUGAUUGUCGAGAAGCUCGGCGACGGCGCCGUCAGCGCACCGCACAUGAAGGUGCGCGUGGAGCGCGUGGCGCGCGGCAAGACGGCCGAUGUGCGGCUGGUGCUGGAGUCGAAGUACGUGGCGUACCAGAGCUGGUAGGGAUUUAAU